AUGAAGGUCGCAUCGUUUAAGAUUGUUUUCAUUAUCCUGGCUCUUAAUGCCUUCCCAUCCAAGCAAGUCGCUUUGGGCAGAAAAGUCUCUUCGACAUCCGAAGCAAUGAGUAUUCUGUCGCGCUGCCCCCAAAGCAAGUGUUUGGUAACUGUCUCCGCCGCUAAAGAAUGCCGGCUUGAGCCUUGAAGUUACAGUACUGCAUUUUAACCUUAACUAAGUCCUUCACCUGUCAAAAAUUACUGAGAUAUUGCUUUCUCUUUGUAAAAUAGACGGAUGCAGUUUCCUGUCUUGCCGGAGCGCAGUACAGCGAUACACAUAAUUCAGGUCAGUGAAGUUCAAGAGGGAAUAAGAUAUUUAGAACGGAGAAAAAGUGAUGGCCCCUCGCUGAGGGUAGUUGUGUUUCAACAACAAACGCAUUUUGUUUUUUUUCUCAUCAAACCAAUACUGAAAUUAACUUUGAUCAUUCUCAAAUUAACUUAACGCACAAUUUAAUUAUUUGGGCUUAAUUGCUGUCUACAAAUAACUAUUAAAAGUCGAGAAAGCAACUUUACUGUAAAGACAGAUGUCGCGGAUCACUUGUCAUAAAUUCAAAAUCUUGUAGACCAGAAAUUAGCCACGUAUUACUAAAAAUAUAUAUUAUUUUUUCACGCUUAUCUGUUUCUUUUGUUGUAGGUCAGGCAAAAAAAGUGGAAAAACUAGAGAAAGAGGUGAGCUUCUAUUUUCAAAUUAUCGACGCUUAAUUCUGGAAUUGGCGCAUAAUUAAAAAAAAAUCAAGAAAGAGAAAGAGCUUUUUUCAUGCCAUUUAAUAUUCUUUACUGUACUCUCCGUUCGAUCCUUUACAAAAGAUUCUUUGCAGUUUGUUUUUCCUCAGAUGUUUUCUGCAAAAUUGUUGAUUCAACAUACAGUGAAUAAACAGAGAAAUGGUUAAUUACCACUUUUUUGGGCUGAUUUAUUUUGUUUGGCCUCGUAGUUGAGGUUUAUAUUAAAGAGCAAUAAACACCAAGUCCCGCUAAUCCUAAUUGGAGAUUUCUACCUCAUUUUGCUAUAUAAAGCCUAAAUUUCAACUAAAAACUCUUAAUAAACUUAAUUAAGUCUACGUCCCCUACUCAGCAUUAGCUACUAGCUAGUCCCUUUUAGAUAAAGUUACCGAUCUAUUUACUUUGCUUUUUAAAGUUAUUCAUGUGCAUCAUGAAGUAUAAGAAUACUUUCAAAACUAGUGAUUGAUUCAUCAUAUUUUUUCAGGAAAAAUAAGCCGUUGUUUUUUACCAAAGUAAGGUUACAAACCACUUGGCAUUCUCCACUUUCCCUUUUAUAGAAAGUGUGGGCAAUAAAAUCACUUUUCCUGCUAUCAAAGAGAGAAAGUGAGUUUGUUUAGAAGCAAGUAAGCAACAAGUCAACGCGUUCCUUUCAUUUUGUUCUGUUUUUCGUUCUUGGAAUCCUUUUCAGGUCGCCAACUUAAAAGCAGAACUCGCAAAAGCGGGCAAACCUUCUGGCUUCGCUAAGCUCGACAGCAAUGGCCGUCUGCCCCACAACCUUCUUGAAGCAGGUUAUGAUAAAUACUCUGCGUACGACUUGGCGUGGCAGUCUCUCCACAUGGCGGCUGCUGCUGCCUGCAGAGGGAGCACAUCCUCAGGAGGGACUGGUUGCUGUGACAACAAGGUGAUGACCAGAAACACCGCUGAGAGGAAGACUUGUGCUCAGAUUUGUGCCCAGACUGCUUACCGCAACUGUGACGCAGAGGUUUCUAUAUAUGGAAAGAAAGGCAAGGCCACAAAGAACGGAAUGGUCGUUGGCGCGUUUUACAACUACCAUUGUAACCGUGCAUCCAACGGAGGCAGUGAGGUGUCUAGUUCUGACGAAACUGUCAUGAACUACAGUUAUCCUUAUUUCAGCUUCUGUUGCUGUCGAAAGUAG